AAGUGUCUUGGCAUCAGAAGGACGGGGAAAAGCUUGGUGUACCGCAAAGACCAUCCUGCCCAAAAAGAUUGUUUGACCAAACCCAUCACACUGUGAUAACCUCCUGCCACAUUUUAACAUUCAGGACUCGGCUGGACUGUGCGUGCAGCCUAAAUGACGAAGUGGAACUUGUUCAAGCACCAGACGACGCCCGUGGGUGCCGCCAAGCCCACGGGUGCAGGUGCUCCGGAAGUGACUCCUGCUCCUGUGGCCAUGGUCGCCUCAGAAAACAACUCCACUGAACAAGUCAGCACCAAGAAUGAUGCCUUUGAUGAGAUUAAGAACAAAUUCUUAAACGAAAUCGACAAAAUCCCACUGCCGUCCUGGGCCAUCAUCGCCAUCGCCGUGGUAGCUGCUCUGCUCAUUGUAACGUGCUGCUUCUGCGUCAUCAAGAAGUGCUGCUGCAAGAAGAAGAAGAACAAGAAGGGCAAAAAGGGGAAGGGUGACAUGGGCAUGAAGAACCUGACGGGCGGACAGAAACCACAGGACGAUGACGAUGAAGAAGAUGAUGUGGAGCCUGGGCUGCCUGGAGAGGAGAAGGAGGAAGAGGUCAAAGAGAAGGAGAAACUUGGCAAGCUGCAGUACUCUAUUGAUUAUGACUUCCAGGAGAAUAAGCUCACUGUAGGCAUCCUGCAGGCAGCCGACCUCCUCUCUAUGGACAGCGGUGGCACCUCAGACCCUUACGUCAAGGUCUAUGUGCUUCCAGACAAAAAGAAGAAGUUUGACACCAAAGUUCACAAGAAGACGCUCAACCCAGUCUUCAACGAGACCUUCACCUUUAAGAUUCCAUUCCAAGAGAUGGGAGGAAAGACCCUGGUAAUGUCUGUCUACGACUUUGAUCGCUUCUCCAAACAUGACGUCAUUGGAGAGAUUAAAAUCCCCAUGAACACACUGGAUCUGGCCAAGCCCAUCGAAGAGUGGAGAGACCUGGACAGUGCAGACCAAGAAGAGCCGGAGAAGCUUGGUGACAUUUGCAUCUCCCUUCGUUAUGUCCCUACUGCUGGCAAGCUCACCAUCUGUAUUCUGGAGGCUAAGAACCUGAAGAAAAUGGACGUGGGUGGACUGUCAGAUCCCUAUGUGAAAAUUAACCUUCUGCAGAACGGGAAGAGGCUGAAGAAGAAGAAGACGACAGUGAAAAAGAACACAUUGAAUCCUUAUUACAAUGAGUCGUUCAGUUUUGAGAUUCCUCUCGAGCAAAUGCAGAAAAUCCAAGCCGUAAUCACAGUGCUUGAUUACGACAAGAUCGGUAAAAACGAUGCCAUUGGCAAGAUCUGGGUGGGGAGCAAGGCCACGGGGGCAGGCCUGAAGCACUGGUCUGACAUGCUGGCCAACCCACGCCGCCCAAUUGCUCAAUGGCACCCCCUGCAGCCCGAGGAGGAGGUGGAUCAAGCCCUCGCAGGCCUGACUGCCAAGAAGUAAACUCCACAGACCCCCAUACCUCCUCCCAUCUCCCUCCACGUAUCUCAUCAACCCUCUACUCCUAUGUAUUCAAGAGGAAGACCACCACUACUGUACAAGCCCUCCACUUCCUUCAUCACCUGUCCGAAAGCUCCAUCAAAUACAUCCAGACAUGAUAUACGGGAAACACUGUAGUGAAUCAUGUCAUAAGAAGUCAUUGGCCAAGAUGACACCCAAUGGACAGACACUCCACUGAUUUCCUUUAGAUCUAUUUUUGUAUUGGGGUUGUGGUUCCAUACAUGAGAAUACAGGUCAAUAUAAUAGACAGAGGGCAAUCGACAUGUUAUCACUCGUAUUGUACUCCCCAGCCCUUCCCUUUAGUGACACAGUUUGCUUAGAAUAGUGCUUAAUAAUAAUAAUAAUAAUAAAUAAUAAUAAUAAUAAUAAUGCUUUCUACUGCCAUAUUGAUAGAGAAAUAACACAAGCAGGUCCAUUCCGUAGGUGUGUGGUGCACCAUGAUCUUCACCUGCCAGUUGUCAUAUAUAGAUGUUCAGUUGAAGUACAUUCCUAGAGUUGGGUAGCGAAUAGGUGAAUAGGCACAUAUCAGCUACCUAGAACACACUGCCUUUUUUGAUUCGUUCACCUUUCACCUUUCGUCUCAGGAAAGAUGAGAGGAUAUCCAUGCCUUUGUUUUUAAAACGGGUUGUUGUAAUUAUUAUUAUUAGGAUGCUACACUCAACAAGAAAAGCACUGUCGCAUUCAAAUUGACAAAAAUAAGGCCCACGUAUAUGUUUGGCAUCCACAAGAAAUAGGUUGUGUUUGUUUUCUUGAAUUUGAUGAUGUCAUAAUCUCAGGUGGAGGGCAAGUGUUAAUAUUACUACAUGUGCAAGUUUUUUUAAAGGUGCGCAGUGUAACUUUUCAGGUUAGGGGUCCACCACCAUGGAGAUGCUAUUGCUUUGCCUGUAAUGUUCCACAAUAUGGUAUUAAACUUUGCAUUUAUUAUGUUAUGGGUGUUUAUCACUCAAAAAUACCUUUAAAAACUUGCAUUCUUACUGUGACCAGGUGGCGUUUCCUGCUUGUCUCUGUGGAGAUUGAUAGGUUUAUUGUCAUACUUUGAAACAAGCAACUGGCUGGCCCUGUCACCAGAGAAGUUACAUAGAGCACCUUUAAUGAAAUAUCCAUUCUGAAAACUCACAAAUGUAACGUUAGAGUUAUGGUCCAGAAAAUUGCCACAUUAAUCUUGUGGUUUAAAGUCUUUUCAAAUGGCAACAGUCCUUUGUAUUAGAAUAAUUACUUUAUGCCUUGACAGCAAAUUAGUACUCUCAUCCUUGUUCAUUUGUGUGAACAAAAACAAACAUUACAUUUGUUUUUGUUUCAUGUGGUCUGGCAUAGUAAUUUCAGAGACAUCAACCAUAAGCAAGGACAAAAUAUGUGCAUUAUGAAAAGAACAAGCUAUCACUGAAAAUCUACACGUACUUGCCCCCCAGCUGAAUUUCAAUUUAAAGACAGUUUUAAAAGGUGUAGCAUCAUAUGAACCCAACCUAUUGAGAGAUGUUUCGGUGAAAAGUGGCUGCGACCAGAACCAAGCAGGUAGAAUAGAAAUGCGUUCGUCUAACAGCAGUCUGCCACCUCCUUGCGCCCUACGCCUCCUCCAGAUCCAGUAUCUCUCUUGUUCAGUGCUACUGCCAUUAGUCAUGGACUCCACACAAGGGUUUGACUUCAAAGGCAUCCCUAUAAACCGUCUUACAGUCAUAAAGGAGACAAGCCUUCCAAGUAACAAAAUAAGCAAUUCUCAACUUACCAGGGACGCCUUCCAGUUCGCGGUGUUGUUCGCUUCAUUUUGGUUCUUUGUUGUUUUAAACACUGUUAUGCAUUUAUUGGUUUAUUUAUUUUGGACUCAAGCACUUUAAAUCAUUAUGUUGACGUACAGCAUAAACAAAGCUUUAAAUUUUGUUGCAGGUUUUACCAUGAGUAGGUUCUGUAUUUAUGUUUAUGUAGUUAUUAUUCGUCUCAAU